ACCUUGCUUUGAGCAGGUGUGAGAGCAGGUGGAUGUAUCAGGUGCAUCUUCCAGCUGUGGUAUGUGAGCUCAGAUUUACUCGGGCUUUAGGACCGUGGGAUGAGUCUGGAUGAGUCUGCGCACCUCCAACAUGUAGAAGUUGAGGGGUUUGUCUUGAACCUGCCUUGUCUGUCACUCGUGUCGAGAGUCUGGCGCUCCAUGGAUUCAGCGCUACACCCCAUAAGACUCAUGGACCAUGUAUUUCUUUUUCUGCUUUUUGGAUAGUCCCUCUUCACUCUGGUGAAAUGCGACCGACUUCAAACUUGAGUCAAAGCGCAAUAAUGGGGAAGUCAAGAGAGCGCUGGCCUAACUUCUAACUUCAUCAUGAGGUUGUGGGGCAGAGGUAUAUCUGUCCGGAGGAGGGUGCUCUGCCUCUGGCUGCUGCUCCUCGGGUUCGCCUUGGUUACUCUUGCGCUCUCGGACCUCUUUAACAGGCACCGGGACCACAGUCACCAAAAACCCGGCCCUCCCCGCCGCCCCCUUCAGCGGAUUCAAAGUGCACCGGACCUUGAGAUCAUCGUGGACUCCCAGGACCCUGCAUUAGAGCUCGGCGUCGAUCUCGCUCCGCUAAAAUCUCUGCAAGAAGAUCAGCUUUUAGUUGUGUCAUCGACGCAGGGCACCAAGAACCCACCGCAAAAGAAGGGAAGUUACAAGGUGCUUCUGCCCGGAUCGAAUAAGGACAUCCGUGCCGCUGCGCCUCCGACGCACGGUGAAAUGGGCAAAGCAGUACGGCUACACCUGGAGGGUAUGGAGAAGGAUGGGGAGAUUUCUGCGGUGCAAAAGUACGGCUUCAACGAGGUGGUCAGCGAGAGGAUAUCACUACAUCGCACGCUGCCUGAGGCGCGCCAUCCUGAGUGUCUGGGAGAGCAGUACAGCGAAUCGUUGCCUAUGGCCAGUGUUGUUAUCUGUUUCCAUGACGAGGCUUGGUCCACGCUCCUGCGCACCGUGCACACCGUCCUGGACACUGCACCCAAACAGUAUCUGCAGGAGGUUCUGCUGGUGGACGACCUGAGCCAGCACGGUCACCUGAAGAGUGUGCUAAGUGAGUAUGUGUCUCACCUGGACGGGGUGCGUUUGAUUCGCAGCACCAGACGCCUGGGUGUUGGCGGGUGCCGUGCUCUUGGUGCUGCCAGAGCUGCAGGGGAGGUGCUGGUGUUUAUGGACUCUCACUGUGAAUGCCAGAAGGGCUGGCUGGAACCACUUCUGGAAAGAGUGGCACAGGACAGGACCAGAGUGGUAUCCCCCAUCAUGGAUGUGAUAGACUGGCAGACCUUUCAGUACAAUGCCACCCAGUGGCCUGUUAGGGGAGUGUUCGACUGGAGGCUUGACUUCUAUUGGGAAUCUAACCCUCACCCAGACUCUGCUGUUGAGCCUCUGCGGAGCCCAGCACUGGGAGGCGGAGUUGUGGCCAUCGACAGACACUUCUUCCAGAGUGUGGGAGCCUACGAUCCGGGGAUGCUGCUGUGGGGGGAAGAACAAAUUGAGCUGUCAAUCAGGGUGUGGUCAUGUGGGGGCUCCAUGGAGGUGGUUCCUUGCUCCCGUGUUGCUCAUCUAGACCACCACCACCUGCCUUACGAAUUCCCAGACCAGGAGCUGAUUCAGAGGAACAAGAUCCGGAUUGCAGACACCUGGAUGGACGCAUACAGGAAAAUCUUCUAUAGGAGAGACACACUUGCACAUUUCAUUAGGCAGUCUGAGAGCCCGAACAUCACAGAGCGUCUGCGGCUCAAAAGGAAUCUGGGAUGUAGGAACUUCCACUGGUACCUGACAACAGUUUAUCCAGAACUUUACAUCCCCCAGGACAGACCUGCACUGUCAGGCGAGCUGUACAAUGUCGGCACUGGCAGCUGUGCAGACUACCCCCGAGGGCAGGGACUGCAGGGUGGAGCCAUGAGCAUAACACCGUGCAGUGGGACGGGCAGCCAGCACUGCGAUUUAAACUCUGAGUUUGAAGUGCGGUGGGGUCCCAUGGGAGCUUUGUGUUUGGACGCCAAGGGACAGAGGGUGGUUUUAUCUCCGUGUCCCAAACACCAACCAACCACCAGCACCCUCCAGUGGAGGUUUAUAAAGCUGAGCGGUCAACUUGUUCACCAGCAGUCCCAGUUGUGUCUUGAAGCUGUAAAGGAGGAAGGGCUCCCACAAAGCAACCAAAGAGAAGUCAACAACCAGACAGGAGGUCUCUUUCUGCGCCCCUGCACCCAUCACCCCAGACAACAGUGGCAUUUUGAGCAACUAGUAGCUCCUAAAGGUGUCUGAUACAGACAGCACAGACUGAUUAAUUGGAUUUGCAAGAUGUAAAUCAUAGGCAUUAUGCAUAAUAGCAUCCAAUAAUGAAAAGGUGAAGAAAAAUACACAGAAUCAAUUUUUUAUUAUUUUUUUUGCUCCGCUUUGCCACUCAGCUUUUUUGUUCCUGUUUUAAGGAUUGCAAAUACAAUUUGUUGUGUUAAAGAACAAACAACAAUUUAUCUAAAAUAAGAUAUGACAUGAUCGAACAAAGUCUUUAUUUAAAACAUGUACAUUUAGAGUAUGUACAUUUAAUCAUAUACAGUGUGAAAAACAUGUAGAAAGAAUGGUCUGGAAUGAUUUUGUACUUCAGUAAAUGAUUUCAUUAAAUCAUGCGUAAAUAUGUUUGUGCACAUUUGACAUUCAAGACAAUACUAUACAUCUGACGUUGUGGCAAAAGUUUGGAAAAGUCCCUUUCCUAUUUAAACUUGACAAUGCUCCCAGAGUUCCAGAAGACUGUGGCUGAUAGCAACAGAUUAUUGGAAAUAAAGAUGUUCGUCAAUCACACAGGGGUAUAAUAUUUGAGAGUAAUAUUUAGGUGUCCACAUACUUUUGUAUGUGUAGUGUAGUUCUGUAUUAAACCCAGGUGUUUUCACUUAUUGAUUACUCACAUGUUGAGUAAAUGCUUGCUGUUGAUUUGCAUUUUGUCCUGUCAUCAUAGAAAAAACAGGUGUUAUUACUAACAUUACUGAUGUUCUAUUCAAGUGUCCCAGUAAACCAUGUUAAUGUCACAGUGAGCCAGCAUGCACAAUACCAGGACCUUGAAACUGAACUAUUAUAAGUUUUAUCACUUACGCCUACUAAUACGCCCAUGCUUUUCCUACCGUGACAUGCCGUCUGUAAAAGUGCAGUAAGCCUAAGAGGAAAGAGUCUGCACGCAGCCGCACAGUCCUGAGACGAGGUCUGAUCAAGCAAAAUAAGUGAGAACACCUGUGCGAUUGAACCACCACUGUGUGUGUAGGCUUUUACAGGAUUAAUUAAGCACUGAUUACUCAUGAAGCACCUCAAAAAUGUUAGAUUUUAUAAUGUUUUAUUCUGUCUUGCACUCAUUUCUGUUCACCGAAAUAAAUCCAUUCCUUA